CGCGCGAGACAGUUUUUCCUUUUGUUUUUUGCACGAGGCACAGCGCCAUUUGGUCUUCUAUCGGUUCCUCCUACAUUGAUCGGUUUCUCCUCCUUGCUCCUGAAAAUGCAUUUCAACAUCGUAGCGUCUCCUCCAUCCUACAGUUGGCAAUACAAAGGACUAACAAUAUUAACUGCUUUCUCUACAAUGAAUAUGUGAAAUUACCUUCCAGGGGCCCACAUGUUCAGCGAGAGCGGAAUUCUGGAUAAAAGCGGGGAGGAGUCCGGAAAGAGCUUGCGUGGAAUCUUUGGCCCUACAGUUGCUCUGCUGUCUUUUCUCGGCUGCACGAUUCUUGUUCUGCUCGCUGGGUCCGAUGGUUCUGUUGCACACCUUGUCCCCUGGCACCGUGGACGGAGCUCUCCUCAAAUUUUACCAGUUGUCCUAGACACUAAAAAUGCCAACUUUUCGACGGUAAGGUCGUGUGCUAAAGAUAAUCGAACAGGCUACGAGACAGGAAUCAAUGCUAGUACGGGUACCGUAGGGCAAGGAGUGACUGACGCAAUGGACACCAAAUACAUUAAUACCUUGCAAAAGAGGCUAAAUGGGACAACUUUACCGCCAAGAACCGCACGCUCCGUAGGCACAUCUUCAACCUCUGCUAGGACCGUUACGAAGACAAGGUUAGAAGAGACCGCAAACUAUAUCCGGCCACGCUCGUCGGAAUGGAGCUACCAGUGCCACUCUCCUCGUCUCUUUGUCCGAUGUUCCUCAGCAAACGUGCCCAGUCCUCCCAAUCUGUUCUACUACGAAGUCGAUGCAAUGGGCAACGGUCGUUGCGAACGAUGGGUUAACGGAGACGAGUGCUUGGACGGCACUUAUAACGCCUUUUCUACCCUCUCGGAAUGCCGCAGAAUCUGCGAAAAUACAACGGAGAUGCAGAAGAGCUCUGAUCGCUGCUCUAUGGUUGUCAGUCGUCCCUGCUCACCGCCCGAUCGGAGGUUCGAGUACGUCUACCACAACGACCUCAACGGAUCGGCAUGCGUGCGACUCCCGGGAAGAAAGUGCACGACAAGGGAGUACGGAUUCCCAACCCGGAAGGAAUGCCUAGAGUCGUGCCACCCACGUAAAAUAGGAACAGAUCCGAGAUGCAAACCUGGAGCCGAGGGACACGACUGCCAACGACAUGAUCGGAAGUAUCCGUUUUAUUACGAUGACGAGGAAGGAAAAUGUCUUCCCUGGACAGAUAUCUGCCUUGUGUCCGGCUUCCCGGACAAAGAAACAUGCGAAAUUGUCUGCAGUGGCGAGUUUCAGUCAUGACUCCCUGCCCCCGAAAAAUCGUCGGUAUCCGACCGUCCUAUUCAGAGAUAUCCAAUGUUAUGGAGUUAGCGCUAAUAGCUCGAUAUCGAUUGUUCAUACGCCCAAUAAAUUCUAGCAGUGUAAAUCACUGUGUAACUGUC